UUUUCCUCUUCUCCUUCCUUUCUCAUCUCCUCAUUUUGUCAUAAAUCUUCAUUACUUCAUUGCUUCAUUGCUUCAUAUAUUCUACUUCUUCUUAUUUCCUUUUAUAUAAAUCAUUCAUCAUGGGCAUGGGAAUGGAGAAAUGCUGUUGUUUUAUCCCCCUCCGAUUGGGUACAUUUAUCAUUGCACUUUGGUUCUUUGUCAUUUACCUUUUGGACGCUGUCACUGGGUUCUUGGGAGUAAAUGCUGUAAUUGUCUAUUCAGGCCAAUCAGCCAAAGCAUGGUACUAUAUUGAUUUACUAUUCACUGUCCUUGUUUGUCUUGGAGGUCUAUUGGGAAUUGUUGGAUCUUGCUUUGCUUCUCGUGGAUUUGCAAAAUUCUUUAGUGUGAUCAUAUGGAUCAAUUGCGGACUGUCGAUUGUCAAAUAUGCAGUAUCUCUUGCUCUUAUGGUCGUGCAUCGUGAAGAUCUCAUUAGAUCAUGUCUACGAUCCGGAUUUGUCGGAUUUUCCAAUGCACAAACACCCAUCAGCAGCACUGUCACCAUUUCAGAAAGCCCUUAUUAUGCACCAGUAAAGUAUCCAGGAACCUUGAAUGCACACGCUACCGAUCUUGAACAAUGUCAAUACAAUGUCCAAAGCUUCCUAAUUGUAUACGGUGUAGUUAUCUUUGCAAUUGAAAUACUUCAGAUUUAUUUUGCUUCGGUAGUGAGUGCAUAUGCCUCCCGUCUUCGCAAUGGUGCCCGUCAUCACCGAUUACAUGACCAGCAAAUCAAAGAUUUUGAGGAAUCUCGUUACCACAUGUCAACCGUGUAUUAAUUUGCCUUAAUAUCUCACUCUCUCUCUCUCUCUUCUGUUAUUAUUAUCCACACAGCAUUUUCUCACCUCACAAUCUUUAUCUUGUACAUUAACAUUUUUCUCUAUUCCUUUCAAUUCUUUUGAUUCUUUAUUAUUAUUAUUAUUUUGCUGGUUC